AUGAGUCCAACAGUUGCUGCCAGUACGACUACCAUCAACACCACCAUCACCACUGGUGAGAACAUGAACGUGGAAAAAGAAGAAUCCGUUCAUAUCAUUACAAAUAAUCAUCAGGAACAAUUAAUCGGAAUACUUUGUACAGUGAUGACAAGAUCAUCAAAUAUACAUGAAAACUCGCCUCAGCAGAACCAUGGUUCUCAAAAUAACAAAAAACCAAUAGCUGUUCUUUGUCAUGGAUUGGCAUGCCAUAAAAAUUAUUUUAUUUUUCCAAGAAUGGAAAGUAAUGAAUACGAUACGUUUAGAUUUGAUUUUUCUGGUAAUGGAGAAAGUGAUGGUGAAUUUUCAUAUGCCAAUUAUCACAAGGAAGUUGAAGAUUUACAUUGUGUGAUUAAUUAUCUGAAAGAGAAAUUAAAUUAUUCCAAAAUUUCAAUUAUUGGACAUUCAAAAGGUGGAAAUGUUGUGUUGCAAUAUGCCAGCAAAUAUCCUCAAGAGUUACAACAUGGAGUUGUUGUGAAUAUUUCUGGAAGGUUUGAUAUGAGUAAAACUCCUAUGAACAGAUUUUCAGAGAGUGAAAGACAUCAAUUGGAAAAUGAAGGAAUAUUCUUGUGGAAAGUUUUCACAUUAGAGCCAUCUCUUUGUGUACGAAAAAAGCAAGAAAUAACAACACCAACUAAUAAUGAGGAAGGAUUGACGAGACGAUACUACGUGACAAAGGAAGCAUUACAAGAAAGAGAAUCAUUGAACACCAAAAUUGAAUUUAAUCUUCUGUAUCCUUUAAAACUGUAUUCCAUACAUGGAGACAAUGACGAUGUCAUUCCUUUUCAAGAUAGCCAAGAGUUUCAUGAAUUCUUAUUGGAACAGAUGAGAAAAAGGAAUUUAAUAGAUAGAUUUUCUCACCAAGUAAUAUGUGUGAAAGGAGCUAAUCAUUUCUUUGCAGGACAUUAUGAAACAUUAAUUGGAAUCUUAAAGGACCUCCUGGCAAAAGAAUAA